AUGAGUUCGGUGCCACGCUUCGUCGGCCGAAGAGCCGUCGCUGCUCAGUCGUCCUCCUCCCAAUCGGCUUCGUGGGCCUGCUUCUCGUGUCGCCAGCAAUUCCAAAACCAAUGGCGCCGGCAACUCUCGUCCGAUACUAAGGCGCCAUCGGCCGCGGCGUCUAUUACCUCCCGGGGAAAGACGACGAUAACGACACAGCAACAAGCAUCGGGCGCAAAGAAGCAACAGAGCAGCAGGGCAUGGAGAUGGUUUUCGACCGAGGGCGCAAGCAGGCGCCAGCAGCAACAGCAACAGACAAGGAGUCAAAGCUCCCGAACGGGCGUGUCGCCGGAGAUGGAGAGAGUGAGAGCCGAGUACAAGAAGAGGAAUCAAUCGACCAUGUACUAUGUCAUUAGUGUUAUUCUUGGUACCGUGGCGUUUUCGUAUGGCUCCGUGCCUAUGUAUAAGAUGAUUUGCCAAACAACCGGCUGGGGCGGUCAACCCGUCCGCGCCCACGGCGCCGGCGGUUUCGGUUCCGAUUCCGACGUCGACCUCGCCGCCAAGCUCGAGCCGGUCCGGGACGCCAAGCGCAUGCGCGUGACCUUCAGCGCCUCAGUGUCGGACGUGCUCGACUGGAAGUUCGUGCCGCAGCAGCGCGAGGUGCGGGUUCUCCCGGGUGAGACCGCGCUGGCCUUCUACACGGCCACCAACAAGAGCGACAAGGACAUCAUCGGCGUAGCCACGUACAGCGUCACGCCCGCGCAGAUUGCGCCCUACUUUAGCAAGAUCCAGUGCUUCUGCUUUGAGGAGCAGCGGCUGAACGCCGGCGAGACGGUGGAUAUGCCCGUGUUCUUUUAUCUGGAUCCGGAUUAUUUGAAUGAUUUGAACAUGAAGGGGAUUGAGACUGUUACGCUUUCGUAUACGUUUUUUAAGGCCAAGUACGAUGAUAAUGGCGUGCUUAAGGGCGUACCGGGCGUUUCUUAG